AUGCCCCUGGCUAUCGUUUCUCUUGCUCAUGCUCGCCCCAUGAUGCUUAGCUUCUCCCAAGUACUUGUUGCAGUAAAGAUGAAAGGAUAGAAAAGCACAAAGUUUAACUUAUAACAAAAUAUGGUUUUUGAUGCAUUAAUGUUUUUAAUUUUAGAAUGAAAAUCAAAUUGGAAAAGGUUCAUCCUCUAUUGAAUCAAGAUCUGCAUCGCCAUCAUCAUUGCUUUCUGCUACAUCACCAAGGUCAUUGUCACCUUCUGCGACAUCAAGAUCUUCAUCACCUUCUGCAACAUCAAUAUCUUCAUCACCUUUUGCAACAUCAAGAUCCUCAUCACCUUCUGCGACACCAAAAUCCUCGUCACCUUAUUAUACACCACUUGAGCCUGCAGCAUUGUCUACUGUGUCUGAUGAGGAAAUCACAAUAACAAAGUGGCAGCAAGCUUUCGGUUCAGUGAAAGAAGAAACUGAUAUAAAUCCAUCCGUUUUAAUUCAGUCAGUUUCAAUGAAAAGGCCUGCCUACACCAUUUAUAGUGAUGCAGAUGUGCUUUGUUCAUCCAAGAAUGGAGCAAUGUCUAGUGACAUAAGGAAUAGACUAGUACGAGGAACAAUACAUAACAUGGUAUCUGCUGCCUCAAGUUCUCCAUUUAAUAGAUUUCCCACUCACUCCGAGAUUGAGGAAAUGUCAAAGUCCUUAAUAAUAACAUAUCCAUGCCUCAAAGAUGGUGAAACUGGUCAUGUAAGUAGACUUACACUUCUGAAAGUUUUACUGUGCAUAAUUAUCAAACAUAAUUAUCUUAUUUUAUCUUAUCUUAUAAUUAGGCAAAGCCUACCUACUUGCAGGGUUGCCGAGAGGGGGAGGGGGGGUGCAAAUUGUCCCGGGGCCCCACCUUAAUACUUAGGUUCUUUAAUAUUGGCUAGCACAUUUUUGAAAUUGAUAGGUGGAGGUGAAAAAAUGGCAGGUGAAAUUCUAUAGAUACAGUAUAUUUCAUUCCAUUUGUUUACCACAACUCCAAUAUAUACUAGAUCAUUUAGUUGACUAAUAAAUAUGUUUAUAUUUAAAAUGUAAAUCCAAGUUUACUGUACAGUAAAGUAAACAAGUUUAAAAAUACUAAAAAUGCAUAUCAUGAAAACAUUGAUUUUUCAAUAUGACUCAUAUCAGAUAUUACCAUCAUAUCAGAUAUUACCAUCAUAUCAGAUAUUACCAUCAUAUCAGAUAUUGCAGUUGAAUGAACAAAAAUGGCAGGCUAAAGUAUAUUUCACCUGCCAAAGAAUUCUCUACUUCGAGUCAGGGGUCUAUAAGCUUGAAAAUAAAAAAAUAUAUAAUGAUGUCAUGGGCCCCAGAGAAGAUUUGCCCCUGCCCCAUGAAUUCUAUUGGCGGCCCUGCCUACUAUAAUUUCUAACAUAUAGUUUUUAUUUUCAAAGGGUGUUCUUCUAAAACAACUAAAACGAAGGCUGGGCAACACAAAACCGAUCAAAAAGAGGCAAGGACCAUGUCCAAAGAAGAGGAAGACCUUCCAUACUGGUACAUCAAAUGUUAAAGAAGAAGAGGUUGCACUGGCAAGUCCUGCUCUGUCUACUAAUGGAGAGGACAACUUGGAUGGCUCUAGGAAUUCCAAUAAUGGUAAAUAAUUUUUUUUUGUAUGAUAUAAUGUUGUUACUGUAACGUUUUAUUGCUAGGUUAGAGAUGUUCCAUGUUGUUAGGAUAGGUAACUUAAGUGGAGUUUUCAUUGCCAGGAAUAUGGUUUUUGCCUUGCUUGGAACUUUGAAUCAUAUUCACAUUCUUGCCACUUGGGUAAAGUAGCCUUAGUAACAAGAAAUGUUAAAAAGUAAACAGUAUAUACUGUCUGUAAGUUGCUCUAACUUCCAUUCAACUAGCUAACUUCAGUUUUUCAUCAAUUGAUUGAUUUUACUGGCCAUGGAAAUGAAGACAAGGAACUGAGCAAUUUAGGAAUGAGAAGUCAAUUACCAACUAAUAUUUCUAAUUGUUGAUUCUUUAUACCACAGAUGAUUGUUCUGAUGGUAAAGAAAUUAUGGGCAGACACUAUAACAGUCUCAAAAGAGAAAUGGAUAAGAAAAAUCCGAAUGAAGAAGUCGUUAAUUGCUACCUAGACAAGGAAUAUCCUGCCAGACGUGAAUGGUUGACAAAUAUUUUGGCAGAGGAAAGAGCCGUUAGACUUUUGGAAGUCUAUCCUUGUUUCAAAGAUCAUGUUGAGGCAUGUUUAAUGUAA